CCCCCAGGCCAUCGCAAGGACCCGCAGCCCCACGCCCGCGACCUCCACCAGGCCCGGGCCGUUGCUGCCCGCAGGAAGACGCCCGGCCCGGGCAGGGUGAACCCCGUGGGAACGGACAAGGGUGGGGUUCGAGCCCCGUGGGAGGCUUUCGGACCGUAGCUUGGGUCCAACUCACGGGCACCGGCGGCCAUGGCGAGCACUCUGGACUUGGACAAGGGUUGCACGGUAGAGGAGCUGCUCAGAGGCUGCAUCGAAGCCUUUGAUGACUCCGGAAAGGUGCGAGAUCCUCAGCUAGUGCGCAUGUUUCUCAUGAUGCACCCCUGGUACAUACCUUCCUCUCAGCUGGCCGCGAAACUGCUCCACUUCUAUCAGCAAUCCCGGAAGGACAACUCCAAUUCUCUACAGGUGAAAACGUGUCACCUGGUCAGGUACUGGAUCUCAGCAUUCCCUGCAGAGUUUGACUUGAACCCAGAGCUGGCUGAGCAGAUCAAAGAGCUGAAGGCCCUGCUAGACCAAGAAGGGAGCCGAAGGCACAGCAGCCUCAUCGACAUCGAGAGCGUCCCCACCUACAAGUGGAAGCGGCAGGUGACCCAGCGGAACCCUGUGGAACAGAAAAAGCGCAAGAUGUCCCUGCUGUUUGACCACUUGGAGCCUAUGGAGCUGGCAGAGCAUCUCACCUACUUGGAGUACCGCUCCUUCUGCAAGAUCCUGUUCCAGGACUAUCACAGCUUUGUGACUCACGGCUGCACCGUAGACAACCCUGUCCUGGAGCGAUUCAUCUCCCUCUUCAACAGCGUCUCACAGUGGGUCCAGCUCAUGAUCCUCAGCAAGCCCACAGCCACGCAGCGGGCACUGGUCAUCACACACUUCGUGCAUGUGGCAGAGAAACUGCUGCAGCUGCAGAACUUCAACACACUGAUGGCUGUUGUCGGAGGCCUGAGCCACAGCUCCAUCUCACGCCUCAAGGAGACCCACAACCAUGUCAGCCCUGAGACCAUCAAGCUCUGGGAAGGUCUGACAGAAUUAGUGACAGCCACUGGCAACUACAGCAACUACCGGCGCAGGCUGGCAGCCUGCGUGGGCUUCCGCUUCCCUAUCCUGGGUGUGCACCUCAAGGAUCUGGUGGCCCUGCAGCUGGCGCUGCCUGACUGGCUGGACCCGGCUCGGACCAGGCUCAAUGGAGCCAAGAUGAGGCAGCUUUUUAGCAUUCUGGAGGAGUUGGCCAUGGUGACCAGCCUGCGACCUCCAGUGCAAGCCAACCCUGACCUGCUGAGUCUGCUCACGGUGUCCCUGGAUCAGUACCAGACAGAGGAUGAGCUGUAUCAGCUCUCCCUGCAGCGUGAACCACGCUCCAAGUCAUCGCCAACCAGCCCCACCAGCUGCACCCCGCCUCCCCGACCUCCUGUGCUAGAAGAGUGGACCUCAGUUGCCAAGCCUAAGCUGGACCAGGCCUUGGUGGCAGAGCACAUCGAGAAGAUGGUAGAGUCUGUGUUCCGGAACUUUGACGUCGAUGGGGAUGGUCACAUCUCCCAGGAGGAGUUCCAGAUCAUCCGGGGCAACUUUCCUUAUCUCAGCGCCUUUGGGGACCUGGACCAGAACCAGGAUGGCUGCAUCAGCCGGGAGGAGAUGAUCUCCUACUUCCUGCGCUCCAGCUCGGUGCUGGGCGGCCGCAUGGGCUUCGUACACAACUUCCAGGAGAGCAACUCCCUACGCCCGGUUGCCUGUCGCCACUGCAAAGCUCUGAUCCUGGGCAUCUACAAGCAGGGCCUCAAAUGCAGAGCUUGUGGUGUGAACUGCCACAAACAGUGCAAAGACCGCCUGUCUGUGGAGUGUCGCCGCAGGGCCCAGAGUGUGAGCCUGGAGGGCUCUUCAUCCUCUCCCUCACCCACACAUACCCACCAUCGGGCCUUCAGCUUCUCCCUGCCUCGCCCAGGCAGGCGCAGCUCCCGGCCCCCAGAGAUCCGAGAAGAGGAGGUCCAGACAGUGGAGGAUGGAGUGUUUGACAUCCACUUAUAAGAUGCUGUGACUAUCAAGGACUCAUUCCUGCUUUGGAAGACUUGGAGCACAGCAGGGAGACUGGAGUUCCGGGGCAGGAGACUGGGCUGAGGGUGGGGGUUGAGGGUGGCAUGCACUGAGGUCAGGGCCAGGGCUGGCGUCCCUAAGGUUGUACAGGUUCUUGUGAAUAUUUGUAUCUUCCAGAUGGAAUAAAAAGGCCCGAAUAAUUAA